AUGUCACCCAAGAAAGCCAUCCAUUUUGGCGGCGGCAACAUCGGCCGUGGCUUCGUGGCCGAGUUUCUCCAUGAGUCGGACUAUGAGGUCGUCUUCAUCGACGUGAUGGACCAGGUCAUCGAUAACCUGCAGAAGACCAAGUCCUACACCGUCACCGAGAUCAGCUCUGAGGGCGAAAACGUCAAGACCAUCACAAACUACCGCGCCAUCAACUCGAAGCACAACCUCGACGAUGUCAUCCGUGAAAUCUCCACCGCAGACGUCGUCACCUGUGCCGUGGGACCUAACAUCCUCAAGUUCAUCGCCUCUCCUAUUGCAAAGGGCAUCGAUGCACGAACCAUCGAACGCCCACUCGCUGUCAUUGCGUGUGAGAAUGCUAUCGGAGCAACCGACACUCUAGCCAACUUCAUCAAGGAACACACAGACAAGGGCCGUCUCGAGAGCCUCUCUGACCGUGCUCGCUUUGCCAACUCGGCCAUUGACCGUAUUGUGCCAACCCAGGACCCCAACUCGGGCCUGAACGUCAAGAUCGAGAAGUUCUACGAAUGGGCUGUUGACCAGACCCCCUUCGGACACUGGGGACACCCGGAGAUCGAUGCCAUCCACUGGGUCGACAACCUGGAGCCCUAUAUCGAGCGUAAGCUCUACACCGUCAACACCGGCCACGCCACUGCCGCAUACUACGGGUAUAACUCUGGAAAGAAGACCAUCUAUGACGCCCUCUCCGACGCACGCAUCAGGAAGAUAGUCGAUGAUGCCCUUAGCGAGACUUCACGGCUGAUCAUUGACAAGCACGGCAUCCCAGCGGAGGAACAGCGUGCGUACGUCAGCGCUAUCAUCGACCGUAUCUCCAACCCAUACCUUGAGGACGUAGUGGAGCGUGUUGGCCGUGCUCCCAUCCGCAAACUUGGCAGAAAAGAACGCUUCAUUGGCCCUGCUGCUCAGCUGGCCGAGAGAGGCGAGAAGGUCGAUGCUCUCAUCGGCGCUGUCGAGCAGGCUUUGCGUUUCCAGAACGUCCCCGGGGAUGACGAGAGCGCUGAGCUUGCCAAGAUCCUUCGUGAGAGGGAUUGCGAAUCCGCGACCCAGAAGCUGACUGGUUUGGAGCCGGGCCACCCCCUGUACGAUCGUGUAGUCGAGAGAGUCAGAAAGGUUCAGAACGAAUCUAGACCUCACGAAAAGCUUCAAAAGGAGCAAGCAGGAACCACUGGAGGAUUCGGACCAAGCCCAUGA